CAGAGACCGUUGCUUUUCAUAUGCCAUAGUCUCGGUGGACUUGUUGUCAAGCGGGCUUUGUCUUCGGCUUACCAAUAUCAACGCAUCUACGAAGACGUGACUGCCGGAAUCAUAUUCCUGGGCACGCCUCAUUUAGCAGCGGAACGGGAUGAGAAAUGGAACUUGUUCAAGCUGAUAAUGCGCGCUAAUAGGAAGGACAUUGCGAAAGAAAACAUGACACAGGACGAGAUUGCAAGCAUAGCUACCGUGUGUCGGCGUUUCGCGGCACUUCCUUUGAACAUUCCAAUUCUAUCUGUAUAUGAAGAUAAGGAAAGCAAAGUACGGGAGAAUCUACUUCAAGCCUGGCGGUCCAGCUCGAAAACGUCUAUAAGGCUUGUGCCAGAGAGCCUAGCAGCAACAAACCACCGAAACGAGUCCCUAUUCAAGGUUGACUCCAACCAUUGGGAACUUUGUCAUCUUGAAGUAGAUGGCCCGCUAUUUGAGAGGCUAGCCAAGUAUUUCAGAGCCUUUUCAGAGAACGCGCCUGCCAAUGUUGCGGUUGCCUUUCGUUACUCGUUUCAGCCUGACAAGCUGCCACCAAAACAAAGCACAGAGUUACGGCAGUCGAGCGCAGUAGAACAUACCCCUGGGAGCGCAUCUAGCACCGAUCAGACGACAGUUGGUCGCGAAGAGUCUGAUAUCAACAGGGAAGAUCACGUGCAAGUCAAGACAGGCGUACAACUUCCAUUCUCGCACGUUGCGGCUAUCACAAGAAAUCCGGAGUUCUUCGGUAGAGAAGAAGUGUUAGUCGAAAUUGAUAGACAUCUGCUAUCAGACGUGAACGGCAAGUCUGGCGUUGACAGCAAGAACGGACCGCUGGCGACUCCAAAGUCAUUCGUGAUGUCUGGGAUGGGCGGCAUGGGCAAAACCGAGAUCGCAAUCGAGUAUACCUUUUCGAGACGACAGAAUUUUGACGCUGUGUUUUGGGUCACUGCGGAUACGACACGGAAGCUCGCCGACCAGUUCCUAGCAAUCGCCAAGGAACUAGGCCUAGACAGAGACGGUGACAACAAACUGGAUGAGAUAGCCGCGCGAGAGAAGGUGAAAGCGUGGCUAGCCGACCCUACAGGCUACUAUCCCCGAGAGGAUAGCUUCAAAGACGCUCCUAUCAGCUGGUUCUUUGUAUUGGACAAUGCUGACGACCCAGAUGUGUUGUAUGACUGGAUUCCGACACACGGGCCGGGUUCUGUCCUGGUCACAAGCCGUUACCCAUACCUGAAAGAGAGCUCCUACAGCUUGAAUAAGGGGUUGGAACUGGUUUCACUCGAUGUGGGCAUCGCUGCUGCCAUGCUCCGUAAACUCUCAAAACGUGAGACUGUCAUUGAUACAAACGCAGCUAGCAAUCGCAUCGCCGAACUUCUAGGCGGACUGCCUCUUGCGAUUUCACAAAUGAGCGCCGUUAUUCGCCGAAAACACCUUUCCUUGUUGGAAUUUGAACAGUACUACCCCGACAAUUCAAAGAACCUACAUAGCACGCGGAUCAACGGCGCGAUGGGUAACUACCAGCAUACUGUUUGGACGACAUGGGCCGUGGAGCAAUUGUCCCCAGCGACCUUGGCACUCUUGAACAUUUUAUCAGUCUUAGACCCAGAUUGCAUUCCCGAAAAAGUUCUCACCAAAAGCGCAAAAGACGUGUCGCUCAAAGACUAUCCCUCAACGAAAGGGAAAUACUUCGAGGCUCGCGCCGAACUCAUCCAUUCAUCACUGGUUGUACGGAAUAUGGCCACGAAUGAAUUACGCAUUCAUCGCCUUGUGCAAGACGUGGUGAAGCAGCGACUCAGUCAAGACCAGCUACACGAUAUGUUUGCCAAUGCUGCCAUUCUGCUAUCCGGCGUGUGGCCAUACCGAUACCGGGUCGGUGAGAGAUACACGGCACACAUAUCUCGAUUAGAAUCACUAUUUGGCCCAGAGAUUCGCGAGAAGAAGUAUGACGGCACACCAACAAGCGGCAAAUUGUUCUCUAGUUACGCCUGGUACUCUUACGAACUCGGCCUGUUCCGCCUCAGCAUAAACUUCGCGUCACUUGCUCGACUUAUCCUCUCUGUGGCUAAAGACUCGAACACUGGCUCCGAGCGCGAAGUCACUGCUUGGCUCUGCGAUGCGUAUGCCAUACUAUCCGUCGCCUGCACAAUGACAAACACCAGUGAUAGUAUGUCCGAGGCAAGAGCCUGGAUUGCGCUGCUCCUAGAACGGAUCGAAAAGUGGCACCUACCCUACGACGCAGGAGUAUUGGCCUCGGCAUAUAACCAAGUUGCUGUAAGUCACAUGAAAAGGGGGGAAACAGAAGAAGCAAUAGGGAGCUGGAGACAGAGCUUCGAGGCGUUCAAGAACCAAGAAGAUAAGCCACAAUUUAGCGAAACCUGGCCGGCGGUGAACGUGGCGUUGGUGAGUGUUUUCGUGGGUCGGGUGGAUGAAGCGGUGGAGAUUUUGACGCCGGUCAUGGAAGAACACGAAAAUGUCUUCGGUAAAGAGGAUAAAACCACUAUCGAGAGCGGCGAGAUAUGGCGUGCAAUGGGCAACAUCAAAUUUUCCCAAGCCCAGUACAACGACGCGCUAGAGUACCACAAGCUUGCUGUCACGAAUCUGAAAGCUGUUCUCGGUAACAAGCAUAAGUUUACGGCCGAUGCUGUUUAUGCGCUUGCAAAGGACUAUAUUGUCCACGACGAAAAGGCCAAAGCGGCCGCUGCACUUGAAGAUGCUAUAUCGGCAUACAUUAACAUCACCUACCAGAAACCCCAGAUUGCGCGAGUGUUCUGGAAGAAGGGGGUGCUCAUGAAAGGCUCGGGGAACAAUUUGGAGGGAGAUACGCUUUUGGAAAAAGCGAUGCAGCUUCGGAAAGAGUUUGCCCCAGAGGAUCGGCGCCCGGUGGAGGAGUUGGCGGAUAAAGACUGGGACGAGUUAGUCUUUUACUGGUCACGGUAA